AUGGGUCCUUAUAUUGCUAAAAACAAUGACGCAACGAUAUUAAAUUACAUGUUAAAGAAAAAUGUGGAAGAUAUAAAGUCAUUCUUGAAAGAAGAUGAUGUAAUUGUUAUUGACAGAGGUUUUCGUGACUCGGUGUCCAUUCUCGAAGAUAUGGGCAUACGAGCUGCCAUGCCAACUUUCAUGAAGAAGGGAGAAAAGCAGAUGUCAGCGGAAGAUGCCAAUAUGAGCAGAUUGGUCACUAAGAUAAGAUGGGUGGUAGAGUCAGCUAAUUCCCGCCUUAAAAGGUACAAGUACCUUGACAAGGUACUUCCUACUAGUCAAGUUCCUUUUAUUGGAGACUUCGUAAAAAUAGUUUGUGCCAUCUCAAACAAGUACUUCCCUGCACUAAGUGGAUCAACCAGUGAAGAUGAAGAUGCAACACUAGCAGACCAUAUGCGAGAAUUAUCCAUGGAGGUAAAUACGCUGAAGGAAUUUGUUGAGGACAACCACUUGGACCGAAGAAAAACCCAAUGGACUGCAAUUGAUGAAACUGAUUUGGAGAAUUUUCCUGUGUUGACUGAUGAGCAGUUGAGAUCAUUAACAUGUGGUGUUUACCAGCUGAAGUUAAGUUCUUCAUAUAUCCAAGAAUACAUUGAAGGUGACUCUGUAAUACAUGCUCACAAGGAGGAUAACAAUUUGCUGUCAGUUAGAAUUCAAAGUCGACAUAUAUCAUCAAAGAAGUAUAUGCUGUGGAUAAAAUAUAACAGUAAUGCUGUAACCGCAUGGUAUUGUAAUUGUCGAGCAGGCGCGAGAGUUGUUGGUGUCCGUUCUCACAUUGCUGCUGUUGUAUGGUACCUUAGUAGUGCUAGGCAUGAUCCGAAUCGUGUGUCGUUUGGUGUUAGAAACUGGGGUCAGUACCUGACUGAUGCAAAUGAAUUACCAGAAUCAAUAGACUCUUCUGAUAUUGGUUCAGUGGCUAGCAGUUUAGUAGAAGAAUGA